CAGGACACUAAACUAAUCGAUUGCAUCCUACUCCGGCAUCUCCUCGACCUUACUCAAGCCAAACUUGCACGAUUGACUGCACCUCCAGGCACCAACCGUGCUACACAAUCAAUUUUGUGGCGAGAUGCACUUGGAACUACCCAUGUAUAUGCAGAACACUUGCAAAUAGCGCAGAGACUUCUAAACAGAACGGACACCCAGCUGGACAGCGCUACUGUUCAAUUCAUGGCUGAUGCGAAAGGGAUGGAUCUCGCCAUCCAAAAGUCAUCUGCAAUUCGAGAAACAGGUGACCUCGUGGCCCACCUGAAGCCCAGAGCCAUUUGUCAAGAAGCAUUCAUACAAAGCAUUUCACGCCACAAUGUCACUGAGGAGCGUCCAGGUCUUUUAGCGAUGGUUAAAUUUGUU